UCCGGGUUCGAGCCCCGUGGCCGGCGAGGGCCUUUCUGUGCAGAGUUUGCAUGUUCUCCCCGUGUCCGCGUGGGUUUCCUCCUGGUGCUCCGGUUUCCCCCACAGUCCAAAGACAUGCAGGUUAGGUUAACUGGUGACUCUAAAGGCCAAUUUAUGCUGACAACGCAGUCCUCGCAGACGGUGUCGCAGAUAGCGUCUGCGUAGCCCCCCCACCUUCGCAGACACUCUGCGCGCACCUCCCAAAAAUUGUGACCACCGCAGAAGCCUCGCAGACAAGAGGGCUCUGAUUGGUCCACUCUACAUCCGCUGUACACGCACUUCCGCUUCCCUACUUUCCCGGUUUGGUUUGUUUUCACUACCGCCAUUUUUAAAAACACGAGUGAAGAUGGAGCAGCACGAAGAGCGGUUGAUCGAGGAAGUACGUACAUCUAUACGACUCCAGUUCUAGUCAUUAUAAGUAACCGGAGGAUAAACACUCCACUAACCACACCCACCAACUACUCCUAGCGAUUUCGUGACUUCACACCCCCUUGCGUUGUAGCGGUGAAUAACCGCGCACGCCUAUUACUCCCCGCUCAAUGAUAAAUUACAACUGUCUGCGAAAGCCUUGUCGCAAGAGCAUGCAGAGGCCUUAAGACUAUGUUCAGACUGCACCCUGAAACGACCCAUAUCCUAUUUUUUUGCCCAUAUGCGACCUGUAUCCGAUUUGUUAUUGACAAUCUGAACGACACAGAUCCGAUUUUUUCACGUGACCCAGGCCGCUUGGAUAUGUGGUCCUAAUUCCGAUGCAUAUCCGUUAUUUUCACAUGCGACUGCAGUCUGACCGGACAGGUCGCAUUCAUGCGACCUACACGUCAUCAACAAGAGACAAACGUCACUAGUCUGCUGCCCACAUAACCAGAUUUAUUGUGCGAGUUCCACCGCUGCCACAAAAACCACAUCGCCAGGUCUCGCCUCAUCUCCAUGCUUUACUUGCAAACUUGAGUGCGCUUUUUUUUUUUGUUUGUUUACGUAUUACGUAGAUGUGCUUAUUACGCGUCAAUUUGCGCAUGCGGGACACUUUUGGGUCGUUUUCCGUUCAUAUUGGAGAUUGCAUACAAGUCUCAUAUAAUUGGUAAUGUGAACGGCCUAACAAAAAAUUCGGAUUUCACAACAAAUCGGAUAUGGGUCGUUUCAGGUUGCAGUCUGAACGUAGUGAAAAUUGACCGUAGGUGUGAAUGAGUGUGAGUGGUUGUCUGUGUCAGCCCUGUGAUGACCCGGCGACUUGUCCAGGGUGUAGUCAACCUGCGACCCUGUAGAACAGGAUAAAGCGGCUAGAGAUGAUAUGAGAUGACUGUGGAAUGGUAGUCUUAAAAAAAAAAAAUCUUUAAAUAUCACACAUCAGAAAUGAAUCAGUUUAAAAAGAUCAAAGGUAUUCUCUCACAUUCAAUGAAGAACAAACGGGCUGGAUGCUUUGGCCUUGAGGGGGUGAGGUGAGAUUUGAUUUCCCUCCUCGUGGGGUGGGGGCGGGGCUGCCGUGUUUCCGGGUCUGUGGAGGUGCAUUGUGGGUUGAAAUAAGAUGCAGGCAGAGCGGCGCGAGAGGAAAACGCGCGCGCACCAUACGGCGGAGGCGGAGAGCUGCAGCCAAUGGGAAGCAGCGCGCGCGCGGUGGAGAGUAGAGGAACCGGGCAGCGCGCGCACUCUCCCUCCUCUCUCUCCCGGUGUGUGCUGAGUUCCUGCGGCUCGGUCCCGGAGCUCCUGACCGGACGCGGAAAAACACAUCAUACACGCCUCCGAAACUCGGGCUGCUCUGAAUAUUUAUUAUUAUUAUUAUUAUUGCUGCUGCUGUUUUUUCUUCCUUGCUCUCGGCACAUCAUCGACUGAAGCAUUAUGACUGACAGGAAAGCGGUGAUCAAGAAUGCUGACAUGUCUGAGGACAUGCAGCAGGAUGCAGUUGACUGUGCAACGCAGGCCAUGGAGAAGUACAACAUCGAGAAGGACAUCGCAGCAUACAUCAAAAAGGAGUUUGACAAGAAGUACAACCCAACAUGGCACUGCAUUGUCGGAAGAAACUUUGGCAGCUAUGUCACCCAUGAGACGAAGCACUUCAUCUACUUCUACCUGGGCCAGGUGGCCAUCCUCCUGUUCAAAUCGGGCUGAAGUUGUACAGCGAGAGUCAAAUGCUCUUUUCCAACAUGGACCAAGAUGCACUAGUGGCCAAUGUCCUGUCUAACCACAUGCUACAAAUAUUAAACAAGGCCAUACCAUGACUGCUGACUGUGCGUAACUGCAUGGGCCGUAUACCAUACUAAUUGUGCAUAUGUUGCGGUUAAGUUGCUUUUCAGUAGGUAGGUGUCCCAUGUUUAUCAGGAGAGUUUUUGUUUCUGAUCCUGAUGAGUUUGUUCGAGCGUAGGCGCUGUGAAGGCAGGAGUGAAUUUUUGAUUCAAUAAAGUAAUGGCAGAUGAAAUACAAAUAGUGCAUUGGUAUUAUUUAUUUUUCUCCGAAGAGAUAUUUUGUUGAAGUAGUCAUUGCUGCCAUGUAGUUCUAACGAGCACAGUGUGUCAGUACCAUCGUGGUGGAGAUGAAGAAUAAUGGAAAUGAGUAACGUGCAUGUUGGUUAAUCUAAGCUUACGUGACUGUUAUUGCUGAUUAUUUCAUGUCUUUGGUUUGGAGGUGGUGUUUGUAUGCUUGGAAACAGACGGGUUACUAAUGCACAAAUCGUACACUUUAUUCAGUGAAUCUGCGUUUCCUUUUGUUUGAAAUGUCCUGCAAUGUUACAAGUGCAUUGUGUUUAUUGGGGAUUAAUCUGAUUAUAUUAAACAAACUGCUUUUCCAGCUUUAUUUUGUGUUUAAUUUCUUUGUCAGUUUCCAGAACAUAAAGGGGAUUCUGCAGCUCCUUUAGUCUGCUAUAAAGUUUGGAAUUAUUUAGAUGUUUGUUUAGCAUUUUAUAUGGUUUCUUUUCAACAUGAGGUGUAGGGUUUUGUUACUGUUUUGUACUGUAUAUUGCACGUCAUUUCAAGCCUCUAUCUAUUGGUAGGUCUGUGAAACACUUGCACUUCAUUUCACUGUACCCUCUCAGGUACUGUUCAUGAUAAAAAGCAGAUCAGUCAUUAAAAUGUGUGGUUGUCCUCUGGGUUUUGUUUGCACAAGUAAUUUUGCUGUAUUGUGUAAUAUGAAUAAAGGAUAUAGUUGCACAUUA